AUGGUCGAUGACGAAAGUUAUCUUAGACACAUAAACAAUAUCCCUAAUCCUGGAUUGGCUCAGCAGUACACGUACUCUGCUCUUGGCGUCACUAACUCGCCAUAUAAAAGGAGAGGUCCUCCACGAGGAGGGUCACUUUUUCUUCGGCAUUCGGCAUUCGGCAUUCGAUAUUCGAUAUUCGAUAUUCGGCAUUCGGUACUCAGCAGUCACCAGUCAGUCAUCAGUCAAACUCCAUUUCCGAAAUUGCCAGCUCGCGAUACACGGCAGAGUCGUCCGGUCGAGGAUCAUUUACCACCACUACCAUCCUCGCCACCACCGGCUCCGCCGGCUAAUCAGGCUAAGCUUAUACCUCCUCCCCCUCGAACACCUUCACCUCCUCAGCCACCUCCUUCUCCUCCCCCUCGAACUCCCUCACCAGCGUUUUCGGACGCACUUACAGAGAGAAUAUUUCCCGAUACUCCUCCACAAUCAUCCGAAUCAUCCCACCCAAUUUCCCCCAGAAGAAGUCCAUCUCCGACGAACUCCACGGACAGCGUGGAGUUCCUAGAGGAAAUUCUUCCACCCCCACCUAGAUCCUACUUCCGGAUCCUGGAGAGUGACACUUUUGAGUCACUCAUCUCUCAAUUCCCGCGGGUUACUACCGCAUCUAUCCCUCAGGGGGCCUACACAAUCGGCCCUCAUUAUUUUGAUCCCCAAGAAAUCCGCAAUGCCAUUACUGGUCAAAGCCCUACCUCAACACCAUCAAAAAAAGGAUUUGGCGAAUUGAGCCUCAAUUAG